AUGGAUGCAUCAGGAAGCAGUAUGUCAGCAUCAACCAAAUGGAUCGACAACCCCAUGAUAGAGAAGGCGCUGAAGAAACAUCAGUCGUACGAAGCUGUAACAGUGCAGUCCAUUUUAGUGGAACCAGCGUGCAAAACUGGUGCUGGCUACGGUAGUCAGAUGUACAGGGUGAGGGUCAGCUUCACACUUGGCGAGGGUGGGGAUGUCGAGCACCAGUCGCUGAUCGUGAAGGCUGAUCACGAUCGUGGUGCGAUCAAGGAACUAACAGAACAGCUGGAGGCGUUCGAUACGGAGUCGCUAAUACUAGGGGAGGUGAUGCCCACAGCGCACGAGGCUCUGCGGGGGGUGGAGGGCGCGUCGUUCCGUCCGCUGGCGGCCACGUGCCUGCACCACGGUGCCACGCCCAGGGCCUUCCUCGUGCUGGACGACCUGGUGGCCGCCGGCUAUCGACUGGCAGACGCCGAUCGACCGCUCGAUUACCAGCACUGCGAGGUGGUGAUGCGAGCUUACGCGCGCCUCCACGCCGGCACUGCCCACGUGCUCAGCAAGCGCCCUGACUACGGCGUCCAACUCAAUACGGACAUGUUUGCAGCUGAGACCAUGGAGGGUUUGUUUCGUCAGAUGAUACGCUGCACGUGCUCUGCUAUUGCAGAUUUCAUAAAAAGGGUACCCGGCUGGGAAGAAUAUGCACCGAAGUACAUCGACCUUGCGAGCACCAUAAUGCCGCGAGUGAAAGAGUCAUUGAUCCGCAAAAUGCAAGAUACCAAGCUGAAGGUUUUAGUUCACGCUGAUUGCUGGAAGAACAAUAUGAUGUUCAAGUACUCAGAAGAGAAGGUUGCUGAUGUGCGGUUUGUAGAUUUCCAGCUAACGCACGCGUCCAGCCCUGCGCGCGACCUGGUGUAUUUCCUGUUCGCGAACGCUGGUGUGGACGUCCACGAGCGCGUGCCUUCACUGCUGGAGACCUACCACUCACAGCUGCAGGCGUCGCUGCGCGCGCUGGGGAUGGCAGCUGCGGCGGACGCCUACCCACUGGACGAACUCCUGAGGGAUAUAGAGGACCUGCAGUCCUUCGCGCUGUUCACAUCCACCCUCAGUGGGUUCGUGCUUUCCUGGGAACGUGUCGGAUACAAGUUCUCGCAGGCACUGUAUGACCUCAACAUAUCACCGGACUUGCUCUACGGAGUCUAUGACAAUGAGUACUCGCAGCCUUACAUGAAGUACAUCACCCGUCACUUCGAGAGUAAGGGGCUACUGUGA